CUAUAGACCAAAAUAAUUUGGAGUUUCAUCUGAAGAUGCAUAUGGGUUAAAUUCCUGGAGCUCCCAACUGUCUUGGCUGGUCCUUGACACGCAAUUUCAACAUGCCUCACAAGAUCGCCUGGGCACAUGACGUUGGAGAGGCGGCGGGAAUAUUAAUGUAUUGUCUGGAGGACACCACCAGUGCUGCACACAGGACCAUCUAUUUUGAUGGAUGGCUUGGGCUGGCUGCAUCUGCCACACUUCGAGCAGUAGCCCAACACCCUCAGCCAUCUUUGCAGAAUAAAUUCAACAAGAUCAUUCACCUCGAUUGCUCGAGGUGGAUAAGUCGAAGAGCACUUCAGAGGGCAAUUGCGGAGGAACUGAAGCUUCCUCCUUCUGUAAUGGCUAUUUUUGAUAUGCAAGAUGAGAUAGAUGAUUUCAGUGGGAUAGAUGGGAGCUCUAGAGCUGAGAUUGGAGAUGUCAGCCGAGAGAUCCAUCGAGCCAUGCAAGAACACAGAUGCUUAAUUGUUUUCCACAAUGGCAGCGACAACACAAUUGACUUGAAUGAUCUUGGUAUUCCUCGACCUGGAUGGUUUGAUACUAGAAUACUAUGGUCUUUUAGGGGGAGGCUGCGAACCAAUCUAGGAAUAAAGCAAAAGGUGGAUAAUUCACAUCUUUUUCUUGAUACUGACUGUGAUAAGUGUCCACCCGACUGGGAUUCUUGUAUACGGGAAGAGGCUAGGGAAAUUGCCCAAUGCACAUGUAGGCCUGCCGUUACCACUAAAAUAGCUGAAGAGUGUUGCUUAUAUCUGUUAUCAUUAAGUUCUCGGGGUGGUAACAUCAUGCACUACAACUGGGCCACCCAUGCUUCUAGCUAUUGGGUUUGUGAUGGGAUUAUACAAGGAGAUGAGGCGGACGAAGCAUGGGAGGUUGCGGAUUCUCUGCGUCAACAAAUCCGUGUAGAGCAUUAUUCAUCUCAUGUGUUCUCGUCUUUUGGUAAUGAGCUGAAGAUUCCUCCGAACCGAUGGGUAUUGGCCAGGGAUAACUCUGUUGUGCAAGGAAGGACAAGCAUAAAUACGGUGAGUGUGCAUCCAGAUUCAACGUCACUUUUUGUUGAGGCAGUCACAAGCGAAUCUGAUCCUCCAUUAAGGUUAUUACCUAAUGACAUGUUUCAUCAAUCGGACAACCUUCAUGUGCUCAAAUUAUGUCAUUGCACAUUCAGCUUUUCCUCGCCUCCUUUCCAUUGUUGUCAGAACUUAAGAUUCCUUGGGCUAGAUAAUUGCAAGGAUCAGCGAAUAAAAGAAGAUGAAGAACAAGAUAGAUCAUCAAUGAAAUUUUUUCAAAGCCUGUGGGUGCUAGACAUAUGUUGCACAAAUUGGGAAUUGGCUUUAUCACCAGAGAUAAUAGAGCAGAUGGAGGCAAACAUUAGAGAGGUGCAUAUACAUCGGGGGAGGAUUUGGCGCCUCAAUUUUGCGUGGAGACAACUUCAAAACCUUCGCAAGCUUAAAGUUACUCAGCCUACUUCCCCUUGGGAGUCAAGCAAAAUGGAUGAAUUCACGGAUAUGGUGAAGUUGGAGUUCCUUGACCUGUCUGGGAAUAGUACGAUACAAAUUUUGCCAAGUCUGUCAGGGGCAACAAGCCUCAAGACAAUGGUUCUAGUUGGUUGUUUUGGCUUGGAGCAUGUUGGACCUGAAGGACUCCCUCCAUCACUUGAAUCAUUCAGAUUAGAUGCGGGACCUAAAGAAGAUCAUGGUAAGAAAGCCAAUAUAACUCGUGUCUCCAUGGCUGGUUGUGCAAGAUUAUUUGACUUCACACUAGGUGGAUCACUUCCAAUGCUUGAGGAGCUUAAUUUAUCGGGCACAUCUGUAAAAACACUUGACCUCAGGGAUGAGGUGGUGCAGGUCCAUUGUCUCCAGAAAAUCAUGCUGUUGAAAUGUGAGAAACUUCAUGCUAUACUUUGGCCAGAAAAGGGGAUAACUGAACUAGCUUUGCUAUGCAUUGACACGCGUGGAGGAGAAGAGAUCGGAAGAAUACCAUCAAAGUUUUACAAGGCAAAUAAGGGACAUUGUGAAGCACAUGUUGCUAUCGUGGAUAUGCGAUUCAUUCAGCUACUGGUGCUAAGAAGUUGGAAUGUGCGUAGAAUGGAUCUAAAUCUCUGUAUAUCUGCCACUAGCACAGAUGGUAGACGUAGCUGCAAUAAGGGUCCUGGUAACAGUGGGAAAAUAAUUGCGCCACCCCAACCGAAGCCAUUAAUCACCAAUAUUUCUUACAACACCUACACUGAUCUUGCUACUGAAAAUAUCUUUGCUGACCAUUUCAAUGGCAGUGCAUGCCGAUUUGAGCCAUUUGGGUGCCAUGUGGAGAUUGGUGAUGGAAUUAACAACACCAGCGUGGAGAGUGUACAAGGAGUCAAGGCUGUUAUAUUUGUGAUGAACAAAGUUGAAUCUUUGAACGUGCAUGACAAUUCUUCCAUCACCACUAUUAUCCCUAAACACAUGGUGGCCAUAGAUGGGGAUAUACUUAUUUGGCAACGUUUGAAGUGGUGUCAUGUGGUGAGAUGUCCUAAGAUGCACACGGUCUUCACUAGUGAUUACAACAGCUUCGUUUUCGAGGAACUAGAGAAAUUUUGGGCGGCUGAUCUCCUGAUGGUGCACUGCAUUUGGAGCAAAGGAAAGACGGUCCAAGGCUUUGUCGCUCCUUCAUUCGCAAAACUGCGGAGCAUACACCUCUACGCUUGUCCGAGCCUCACAUUUGUCCUCUCACUGGCAUGGUUCACCUUGAGCAGUUUAGAGACCCUCCAUAUUGUCAACUGUGGUAAUCUCAACAAGGUAUUCCCUGUGGAACCAGAGUUUCUAACAAGAAUAGAUACCAACCACCAAAAAGGUGCACUAGAGUUCCCAAAGUUGAAGCAUAUCUACCUGCACGAGCUCUAUAAGCUGCAGCACAUAUGUGAAGCCAAAAUGAUUGCUCCCAUACUUGAGACAAUCAGGCUUAGGGGAUGUUGGGGUCUCGAGCGCCUCCCUGCUGUUGGCCUAGACCGUCGUCCCAUUGUGGACUGCGAGAAGGAGUGGUGGGAGAAGCUGGAGUGGGACGGGCUAGAGGCCCAACAUGACCCUUCCCUCUUCGAGCCGCACCACCCACCAUAUUACAAGGAGCCCCUACCUAGAGGCUCAGUGCUCUGGUGAACCGACCUGACGCUGUUCAGGUUCAGUGUUGGCGAGAUCGACGAGGGCGACGUAGCUGAUGCUACUUUCGACUGCUGCAGCUGUGGCAACGGUUCAAGUCAGUCCUUGGUUGUGAAAAUUGUGGUUUCCGCACCAGCUUUAUUGUUUCCAGUGAGAGGGAGACGACACAUCGUCUGGGUGUGGUUAUGUUUGUGCUUGUAAUAAGAAAAGUUUGAUGUGCAUGUUGUCUGCCUACCACGGUCACACGA